AAUGCCAUCAAAACAGCAUAUGAAGGUGAAUACGGUAGAUCGCUGGAAAGUGCUGUUAAAUGGGAUACACAUGGCGAUUUUGAGCGACUUCUUGUUGCACUUCUUCAAGCGGGACGUGAUGAAAGCAAUCGUGUUGAUGAGAGCAAAGCAUAUGAAGAUGCACAAAAACUGUUCGAUGCUGGUGAAAAUACAUGGGGCACUGACGAAUCGACAUUCACUCAGAUUUUAGUGACCGAAAAUUUCCAUCAACUUCGCAAAGUUUUCGAGAAGUACAACGAAAUUGCUGGUCAUCCAAUUCAGCAGGCGCUUGAGCGUGAAUUUGGCGAUGACACAGAGAAGGGUUUCCUUGUUUUGGCUGACUGCAUUGAAAGCACACCACGAUUUUUCGCACAACGAAUCCAUAAUGCGAUGAAGGGUUUCGGCACAGAUGACAGUGAAUUGAUUCGACUGAUCGUUUCAAGAUCUGAAUGUGAUUUGGCUUUGGUUCGAGAAGCGUAUUGCCAAGAAUUCGGAACGUCACUUGUUGAUGCGAUUCAAUCUGAUUGUUCGGGAGCCUAUAAGGAUUGCUUAGUUUCUAUUGUUGAGGGUAACUGA